CGGUUGGUGCCGGCGUCGGUGACGAUGUCAACACCACAAACUGAGCGCGUCUGGUCGCGUCUGACGAUCUUUNCAACCAUUCGCCAUUCUCGCCUUCGCAACGAUAUUACAAUGAAGUCUGUCGUUGUUUCAAAGAUGUCGCCUGAGCUGUCGCCUGCCGAGAAGAAGGACGACAAGAUCUGCCGCCGUGGUCCCGAGGACGGUUAUCUCUUCAUUGUAGACGAGGUUUUCAAACAGCGUGGUUCCAAGCCUCUUCCCGAGGUCAGCGUAAAGAAAGGUCCCCGUCCUGCAGGUCCCCACCGCGCCAUCAAGAAGACCGCCGCCGCCGAGUGGCAGCGCAACGCCGUCAGCGACGGAGACAUUGCUCAGCGCAGCACCACAGACCAUGUUCCCUCCCUGCAGACCCUGGCCGACAAACCUUCCGCCGUCUCCACCAGCGAAGCAGAAAAACCCUCACGCUUCUCCGAGGCCGCUCGCGCUCAGCACAAUGGCAGUCAGACCAAUCGCAACUCCAGAGUCUUCGACACUGCAGACGAGCCUGCACCACCUUCCGCUGCCAUGCCUGACCAGUACCCUGACUCUGAUGGCGGCGUUGAACUCCCCAAGGACGUUCCUUCUGACAACAGUCAUGGCGUUGUCUCGGCUCGUGUGGUCGACAGCGACUCCGAUACCAGUCCUGACAGCUCUGGCGUCCAGACUCCCAUAACCACUUCCAAGCAGGACGGCCAUGAUGCAGGCAGGGAUCGGCUCAGCACUGCCACAGACAAUACGAGCGCAAGGAGUGUUGCUCACGAGGGCGACGAGCUCGACCUUGCUCUCAACAAAUCCCGCUAUGGUAUCUGA